GAAAGGGCGAAAAUAAAAUUCAGCAGAAGUUUGCAAAAAAAAAGCUUUGUUGGAGCGCUGUGGGGAGCGAAGACUGACAAGAAGAUUCGUGUUGGCCAACUCUGGAAUUUCUUUAAGAAGUUCUUGUAGCAAUAACCUGGAGUGUUGGUUUCCAGUAGCUGUGGGUUUCUGUGGACGCCUAGGGAAAACAAUAUGACCAACAAAAAAGUCUAUUUUGAAAAUCGAGUAGCAAGGAGUUUCUUUUUUCUGUUUAGAAGCAUCACCGGAGGACUGUUUAAAGAAAGCUGAAAACUGUACUCAUGCUGUGGAGAUAAACAGUGGAUUUUAAAUUCUUCGCACGAAUUUUGAGAUUUAAAAAUAGACUUAGGGAAAAGGUCUGAAAUUUAGGGAGCUGGUAUGUCACUGAAGAACAAAAGACCGGAAAUGUUUCCGUGAUAAAAGAUCGUUAAAGAAGAAUCCCAGGAGCUUUUGUUGUCUUGAAAGUCAUAGAAGUAAUUUUAAAAUAGAAAACAGAAAUUAGCAGAGUACGGAAAGACAUGUACAAUGACACAUUAAAUGGCAGUACAGAGAAAAGGAGUGCAGAAUUGCCUGAUGCUGUGGGACCUAUUGUUCAGUUACAAGAGAAACUUUAUGUGCCUGUAAAAGAAUAUCCAGAUUUUAAUUUUGUUGGUAGAAUCCUUGGACCCAGAGGACUUACAGCCAAACAGCUUGAAGCAGAAACAGGAUGUAAAAUAAUGGUCCGAGGCAAAGGCUCAAUGAGGGAUAAAAAGAAGGAGGAGCAAAAUAGAGGCAAGCCCAAUUGGGAGCAUCUUAAUGAAGAUUUACAUGUACUAAUCACUGUGGAAGAUGCUCAGAACAGAGCAGAAAUCAAACUGAAGAGAGCAGUUGAAGAAGUGAAGAAAUUACUGGUACCAGCAGCAGAAGGAGAAGACAGCCUGAAGAAGAUGCAGCUAAUGGAGCUUGCGAUUCUGAAUGGCACCUACAGAGAUGCCAACAUUAAAUCACCAGCCCUUGCCUUUUCUCUUGCAGCAACAGCCCAGGCUGCUCCAAGGAUCAUUACUGGGCCUGCUCCUGUUCUCCCACCAGCUGCCCUGCGUACUCCUACGCCAGCUGGCCCUACCAUAAUGCCUUUGAUCAGACAAAUACAGACCGCUGUCAUGCCAAACGGAACUCCUCACCCAACUGCUGCAAUAGUUCCUCCAGGUCCCGAAGCUGGUUUAAUCUACACACCUUAUGAGUACCCCUACACGUUGGCACCAGCUACAUCAAUCCUUGAGUAUCCUAUUGAACCUAGUGGUGUAUUAGGUAUGGCUUUCCCAACGAAAGGCUAAGAAUUCAAGAACGGUCUUAACUGAACCCUCAUCAGAUCUGAAUUUAACAAAUGCUUAGUCUCAGCAACCUCCGGGGGAAAAAAAGCUUAGCCUAGCAGUCAGUGACUUACUUGCACUUUUUGCACAUAGAUAUAAAGUAAAAUUAUGUUAUUAAUUUGGUUUAGUCUGUAAUACUACAAAGUAAUGGUAAUUUAUAAAGGAGUGUAUAGUAGUAUACUGACUGCUAAGUGUACUAUACUGUUUGCUUUACUAAUCACCUAAUUCAUUGCAGUUCAUACUUAUUGACUCAAAGUUUAAAACCACAAUCUGUAGGCUUUAAGAAUUGCUUUUAAACCUUUUUAAGUGAUAAACUCUGGAAGUGGUCUUAAGGUUAGCAAGUAAUUGUCAGUAUUAAACAUGGCAUUAUUUAAGUAGUCCUGCUGCAAGAAAGGCACUUCAGUGAAUAUGUGACUAGUAAAGCUUAAAUAUGUUUGGAUCUCUUAGAGUUAAUGAAAUACUGUAACUUGGGGAUUGUAAAUGAAUGGAUAAAAUAGGUUAAGGCCAAGAUGUUUGAAAUGAAUGCAAUUAAUAGAUGCAUAUAUAUGUGACAUACUAUGGUUAAUUUUUAAACUACUGUGCCUUAACAUGUUUCUUAAAACAAACUUUUGUAGUAAAUGAACGUUUGAAAUCCAUUUUGAUAAACCUGCUGUUAAUGUGUUUUUUUCCCCUUGCGAAUGUUUUCUAACUUUGUCUUGGUAAUUGCAAUUUAACUAGGUGCGGUGGCUACUAAAGUUCGAAGGCACGAUAUGCGUGUCCAUCCUUACCAAAGGAUUGUGACCGCAGACCGAGGUUAGUUUAGUUCUGCAGUUCUUGUUUAUAAGAAAUGCGUUGGGUGUCCAUAAAAUUUGCAACACCACACCUGAUGGAAAAAUGUAACUGCUUACCUGCACACCAUUUCUUUUCCUUUUCUAAAUUCGUUUAUAAUAAUUGACAGAUUUAAGGGGUUGGGUUUUUUGUUUUGUUUUUUUCUCCCUUCAUUUUUUAACUUAUUAAAUAUUCUAUCAUUAUGUACUAUGAUUUAUUCCUACUAAAACAUAAACUAGUCAAUUUGGGGAGCUAUUAAAUUUUGAUGUUGCCUUAAUUAUUUUUCGGUAAUAACUUUUGCUAAAUACCUUUUAAUUGUUCUGAAAUUUUGGGUUGGUAUUGCAAAAUAAAUUGAACGGAUGGUGCUUUAAUGAAAGAAGUAAAGGAAUAUGUGCCUCCUGUGUACUUUUGGAGAAAACUGAAGAUUUAGUUUCCAUUUUUCAUUAUAAUAAAAUAUUUGAGCCACUGUAUAAACAUGAUGGUGUACAUGUCAAGUACUUAGCUGAAAUCAACAAAGUAAGGACUGUGAAGAUAACUUUCAUAAAAUAAUUCCCUUUUAUUCUUACAUUCUCUUGCCAAAAUGGAUCCUUUGAUUUUUGUCAUUUGCUGCUAAAAUAUAUUAUCUGAAGGUAAACUAUCUCUUGCGUUCUUUGAUGAUACAAGAUACAGUUGUUUGAGUAUCCUUUUUUCUAACCUGUGACUGACUGGAAAAUAAGUCUUCAUUUUUCUCCUUUUCAACAUUUGUAAUUUGUGUCCUGUGCCCUUGGACCCUUUUAUAAAUUAUUUAUGUUUAUUGAGGAGUGAUAUUUUCGGUUUAUUGACAUUGAAUUUGUUUUCUAAGGUUUUCAUCACACGAUAGGAAUCCCAAGCAUGGUAGAAAAGGAUUUUUCACAAGCUUCUCUUACGGCACUUUUAUGUCCUACUAAUGAAUUUAUCAUAAUCUCUAAUUUUAGUGGGAAAAAAGUGAUGCAUUUACACUGAAGCCAUACAUCUUCUAUGAAUUUAUGAAUAGACCUACUUGCUUCACAUGUUACCUUUAAUACUGAUAAUAAAUAUUGGACACAACUGUUGUCUACAUCAGAAAUGCCUUUCCAAAGACAUUGAUGAUAUUUAUUUAGCAUUACACAUAAAGAGCCCUGAAGACUUUUAUGUAAUAUAUACAGUACUUGUUGAUAAUUCAAUGAACAAAACAGACCCCAAACUCAGUGAUUAUCUAUGAAGAUAAUACUCCUUGUAAGUGGUAAGUGUGUUAUGUAUAAGCACAUAUACCACUCUUCUUGCAUCAGAGCAAGUCUCCUAGGGAUGGGGAAAUUUUUAAAAAGAGGUUUCACUUUAGGUUUAAAGAAAUUGGCUGAUUUCAUGAAUAAUUUGAAGCUUUAUUCAUUCUACCAAUGUCUAAAAUAGUUCUAAAGAGUAUUUAAAGUAGUUUUUUUCUGUUAAUCUUUCCCUGUAUUCCCCUUUUUGGAGAUUUCUUAUAAUUUUAACACAAUAAUAAUUAUUGGCCUACUUAAUAUUCCAGUGCUUUGAGAUAGUUGAAAAUAAUAGAAGAUGAUUUUAUUGUAUUUGGAAACUGACAACACAUUCCAUGCGUGGUUCUUUUGUAGUUAUGUGUUUUGAUUAGUCCUGUCACUGUUUUUUUUCAAAAUGCAAUGUCAGCAAACCGAAAUGCUUUUUUUUUUUUUUUUUUUUUAAAUAAAUGACAGAAUACUCGUAUACUUACUAUCACUGUAUGCACUCAUUGGGUCUAAGGGAGAUGUCUGAAGUCCUCUACUUAAAUCAUUUUAUGAUACUACUGUUUUCUCUAUUUUUGAGGUUUUUUAUUAUUUAAAAGAAGUUUUGAGAAGAUUGUUAUAAGUGUUCAUUUAAUACAAGGAAACUCAGUCCUUGGAAGUAUAACCAUGUAAUUCUAUAUGAGCACUUGGAGUACUACAUGGUUGACCAAUAUCUAGUUCUUUACUAAAAAUAAACCCACCUC